UCUCACCGACUUCUUCAGGGACAUUGCUUUCGUUUUAUUUAUUUAUAUCACUGAAAUCCGAGUUUAAAAGUUUCUAUUUUCUCUUCCGUUUCUUGAAUCUGUUAUUGCCCAUUGGUCUACUUUAGCACCGAUUCCAGUCGAUUUUUUGCUUUUGGCCCCUGCUUUCUUUUUUCCUCGCUCGUCUCAUCCACAGGCCUUAAUUUUAAUACUUCCCCCCCCUUUGCGUCACACCUGUGAGAAUUUCACACAGGGUUACAGUCACUGCUGACCACAAGGAUUCCGGCGCAAUUCUUAUGGACAUCGCCAUUCCAUCCCCUUCGGGUGUUCCAGUCGUUCUCCGCACGACAGUUUAGCGAUCGGGUCGAGCCGUAUGGCCAUCUCCAUCGCCGACAGUUCUUGUAGCCCGACGAGGUCGCUGGGUCUGUUGUUGGACCCAGAAAAGGCCGACCUCCCCCGUCCCAAACAGAGCAUGUGGCAUCGCCUGGGCCUUCGCAAGUGGCUGGGCCGCGAGGAUCGAGAUUUCUCCUCACAUUCCCCCGCCGGUGACGCUGCCCCCACUGCAAAUAAACCCAGUUCUCCAGCCGCCCACAACAAUCAUAAUGGUAAUCAAAAUCCGGGCGGCCAGACCGACAACCACAAACCUCACGCCCGCCUCAGCAAACCUCACGACCUCACGCGUCGCCUCUCCAGAAAGGUCGGAGUCGGUCUGCCCCGAGCCCCUACCUUCAAGCGCCAGAAUUCCGAACGACGAGACAAUCUGCUGCCCCCUGAGCCCGAACCCCGUCGCGCGGUGUCCGCCGACCGUCGUCGCGCCGUGAGUUCCCAGCGGUCCAGAUCCCCACCGCCCACCGUGGACCCCAGACUAUCCGCACCCGAGGUUCAGUGGCGCGAGGCCCCAAGCGAGACCACGGUCGAACGACUACCCGAAGCGAAUGAGGACAGCGACUUCCACUCGGAAUGGAACCCUUGCCCUGACGUGGCGGAAGCUCCCGAGGAGCUACCGGACGAUACGCUCGAGAUGGAAUUGGAGAAGCGAUGGAUUUUGAACCUCAGCAUGCAUUUUCGGGAUCGCUCGGAGCGGGAAAAGUUUUUCGUCACAUAUGCGGAGACCCCGACUCGAUGGCGACGGGUCACCAUCUCCUGCGAUUAUCGUGGCGCUCCCCCCGAUUCUCUCGAACAAGACCUGCGGGAAUUGCGGUACCAGCGCGACAAAUGCGCCCGAAUCUACGAAUCGAUCCGGGAAUCGUUAUCGGAAAUUCAAUUUUACGACACGGUGACGAACCUGAAGUUGGAGACCCGAGAUGGACGCCUGCACGUCCACGUUACGGAAGACGUCAAUGAGAUCAUCCCUUACCCUCCGGUUUCUUGCAUCGGGCAUUUGCCGCAGGCCCGACUGAUUCCGGAGAACCAGCUUCAUUUUGAGGCGCACUUAUCCGGGUUUGUCUAUAACGUCAACCUAGAGGGCAAGUCCUACAUCAAGAAAGAAAUCCCUGGCCCCGAUACAGUAGAUGAAUUUCUGUACGAGAUUAAUGCGCUCCAUGCUCUUCAAGGCACUCCUUAUGUGGUUCAGGUAGAAGGAAUCGUCGUCGACGACCAGGAGCAGGUGGUCAAGGGGCUUCUCAUUGGCUUUGCGGAGAAAGGAGCGCUGGUCGACAUCCUUUAUGAAAACCGCGGCACCAUUGCAUGGGAACGGCGGGAACGCUGGGCGAGGCAGAUCGUCCACGGGCUUUGCGAGAUCCACGAGGCUGGCUACGUACAAGGAGAUUUUACGCUUUCCAAUAUCGUUGUGGAUGCCGACGAUAACGCCAAGAUCAUUGAUAUCAAUCGUCGGGGCUGUCCAGUGGGAUGGGAACCCCCAGAAAUUGCGGCGAAGAUCGAGAGUAACCAGCGGAUCUCGAUGUAUAUUGGGGUCAAGACGGAUCUCUUCCAGCUCGGCAUGACUCUGUGGGCGCUGGCAAUGGAGGAGGAUGAGCCGGAGCGACAGCCGCGUCCUCUGAUGCUAGAUGAGGACGCGCGCGUACCGGACUACUACCGUAGGUUGGUCUCUAUCUGCUUGAGUCCGUCUCCCCGACACCGACUGUCAGCCAAGGAGCUUCUGGGCAUUUUCCCCCGCAGUAUGUGGACUACGGAGCCAUCUUUCCCUCGAAUCCACCCCGCUCAUACGGGCCUCGGCGUUGCCUUGCAAAAUGGCGCUUUGCCGCCGUAUGACCCUCGGGCGGCCUUUCUGUAUCAGCACACGCGGCCUGUAGCCAACGGGGGUUCCUUUGACACUCAGCUGUCGCUGGAUGACGCAUACUCGUUACCGCAGGAUGACAGUGAUCUUGUGUCUUCGCCGGAUAGAGAGCAAUUCGAUCCGCCCAAAGAGCAGCAAACCCGGACAAUAGAAAGAGACCUGCUUGAGAUUGAGCCAUCUGCGGAGCAGCAAAGAAGAAUACCAUCGGUGAAUGGGCUUCCACUUCAGCCGACGUUGAGAAGCGCCCAGGAACUUCGCCACUGUGUUUUUUCGAGCCCAAAGGAAGAUGAGCUUGAUCUGGAUCCCAGCGUCAAUGCGUUCUAUCGACGGGCCUCAGUAGACCGCGCCACGGGUCAGAUCCGAUUGCCUGGAGAGCUUCCUGGGGGCGGUGAUCAAUACGCUAGCUCUUUGAAUCGACAUUCAAGAAGCAACCUAUCAGACAAUGGGAGAUAUCAGGAGUCUCCCUUGUCGUCAGCAGCCACUCAGUCUACGGACCUGUACCCGGCUCACUUGGGAGAUCUGGGUCACGCGCUAAUUGAUGAUGAACAUUGGUCGGAAGAGCCGUCGCGCUCGGUGUCUUCCCUUUUGCAUUCAAUUCUCCCUAUCAACCCGGCAUCCAAUCUCUCGGAGCAAAAACUGAUCGACUCUGAUGCGGACCGGUUUUCCCAUCUGAACAUUCGAUCUGCCUUACGAUACCCUCGCCAGGGCCUUCAAGAACCCACCGCGUAUUUGAGUGACUCGCAUUUACCCAUCAACCCAGCCUUUACAGAGACGGCCUUGGCGCCCAUAUGACCCAAAGAAUGUCCUCAUUUCAGGCAGCCGUCACUUGUUCACACGUUGUCCAUGGUUUGGAGUCUGAGGCAUGGGACUGGACA